AUGUACUGGCCUAAUGGAGUGCCCCGGGUCUAUGCGGUCAACGGCCCUAACAUUGCCCAUGUCUCGGACGACGUGAAUCGCCGUGGCACCAGCAGUUCCUUGGAGGAGGAACGACGUUCUAUAGACUCCAAAGAGUCAACAUAUGGCGCUCACGACUCGGAGAAUCCAGAAAGACGGGGUAAUGAUCUCAACCCCGAAGUGCCCCCGUCCGAAGCGGAUGCCUCCCAAUGGGAGCAAGAAGCUAUCAGUGGCCUAUGUGUUUCUCGCUCAGGGCAUAUGUUUGCAACCAUAACUGAAUCUUCUAUUUCAUUAUGGCAGACCAGGCCCACGGCAGUCGUAGCUGCGAUAGCUCGGUCCGCAUACUCGCUGAAGACUUACGGGCCAAAUGUGGCAAUUCUCAUGCAUCCUGAUUCGACAAUUCUUGUCGUGCAGACUCUCAAUGGAUACCUCCUCACCUAUUCGGUUGCUUCGGACCCUGCGACGCGAGUCUACCAGCAAAUGUUCGACCACUCUACGCAUCCACGCCGCCAACAGCUGGCGCAUUUCUCGGCCGUCGAAGAGGCAAACGUGGUGGGGGACAUAAGUAUCAGGUUCCGGAUGGCAAUCAAGAUUGAGUCAGGGAUUGUAAAAGCAUUAGCGCUGGACCAGGAGCUCAUCGUCGCCACGUGCAUCCGUUGGGCUCCGGAAGCCAGCGGAACACAGACCAAAUCUGAAAUGCUGAACCGCAUAUUGAACGUACCAAAAAAGGUCUCGGUUGUCGACAUGAUCUAUGACCGUGCCAUGAAUCUUUUAAUCUGGCUCACCAGCAAUGGUCAGGCCUAUGCCGUUCAACGGGUGCCUGGGGUGCAAGAGGAAUCCGAUGCGCCUAAAAAGCUGUUCCAUGGUCACUGCUUCCAUGACCCCAAGGGCGACGGUGAAGAAGCUGUCAAUGUGGCAGUCAAUGCGCGGUUCUCCCUACUUACGGUCAGUUGCGCAAACGGCGAGGUCCUGGUUUACACUGCCAAAGAUUACACAGGGAAUGUGCCACUUUCCCAGAAGUUGGAUCCUCCCGCAUCUCCUUCAUCUACCGGAAAAUUGACGUUUAUGAACUACUCUCCCGAUGGAUAUUGCCUGUUUGCUGGCUACGAGAAAGGGUGGACAACAUGGAGCGUCUUCGGGAAGCCCGGCGGUAACAGCUUCUCCGUCGACCCUGCUUUGGCAACAUCGAACGGGGAAGAUUGGCUCACAGGUGUCUCGAAUGGUUGCUGGAUAGGCGGCGGGUCCGAUAUCAUCUUGUCCGCGCAGAAUGAUCGGCGUCUCUGGAUACUAGAGACAGCGCGCAGCGCCUUGACAGGAUGCUUUUCCGCUGCGAAUCUGGCUCGAGGGUUGCUCCAGACAGGGACUGAAUUCAUAUUAUAUCGUGGACAUGACCUGCCCGAUCUGAUGACUAUCUCCGGCAAGGAUUCACUCUGGCACCACGCCCAAUAUCCUCCUGCAUAUCUUCACUCGCAGUGGCCUAUUCGAUCCUGUGUGGUGUCUCAGGAUGGGAGGUAUGUGGCAAUUGCUGGUCGACGUGGAUUGGCGCAUUACAGUGUCAACAGUGGCCGGUGGAAAGUCUUCGAGGACUCUAAAGUGGAGAACUCGUUUGCCGUCCGAGGAGGCAUGUGUUGGUACGGGCAUAUCUUGAUCGCGGCUGUUGAGAGCGAUGGCUCAUACGAGCUGCGUCUUUACUCGCGCGAGAAUGCCCUGACGAAUAGCUCCAUCAUGCACAUCGAAUACCUCCCGUCACCUGUGGUCUUCAUUGGUCCCUCUGGGGAGGACUCGCUCUUAGUCUACACUUACGACAACAUUCUUUAUCACUAUAUCAUCAAUUCUAUGCAGACACACAUAACCCUUGUUCCAGUUGGGCAGAUUGCCUUUAACGGAAUUGUCAGAGCACCUACUCGAGUCCGAGCAAUCAGCUGGGUCUUGCCUGAGGAUCAAAUGCGAAAUGGCGAUCCCUCUCAGGACGUGAAGGUAGCGUCAGUGCUCCUACUAGUUGAUGGUAACCUUGUUCUCCUUCAGCCCACAGUGACGGACACUGGCGAUCUCAAAUACGACAUGCGUAUCAUCUCCCAUGACGUGGAGUAUUAUAUCCUGAUGCGCGACCAGCUUUCCUUCAAUUUCUCGUCUCAGGUCGACGAGUCUCUGCCAUCCAGCCCCUCUGCCGAUAUGGCUCUCGAGCCAUCAUACAGUAGCCUGUCGCUUCGAGACUCCUUAUGGAUGUUCCAAGGAAAGGAUCUUCUAGCUUGGAAUGACGUCCAAGACAUACUUCAGCAAGAGAUGCUGCCGACACCGCUCAACAUCCCAUUGGAUUUCUAUCCACUGUCGGUGAUCCUGAAUAAGGGUGUCGUGCUCGGGGUAGAAUCCGAAGUGACACAACGGCGAGACGUCACCUUCACAAGCCUAAAAUUCGCCAUUCGAACACACCUUUUCCUCCCGUACUUCCUGCAAUACUGCCUCGUCCACCUUGGAACACCAGCUGCGCUCUCCCUAUGCCGACACUUCUCUCACCUGUCCUAUUUCGCCCACGGUCUCGAAAUCUUACUCCAUCACGUCCUAGACGAUGAAGUAGAUAACGAAAGUCGUGCAAACAAGGCUGAUGGCCUGGUAGCCCGUGAAGAACCCCUUCUACCUACCGUCAUCACCUUCCUCCAGGCAUCGCUACCCACCCGUGAAUAUCUCGACAUCGUCGUACAAUGUACACGCAAGACAGAACUCCGAUUCUGGCGCACCCUCUUCACAUACCUUCCCCCACCAAAGGACCUCUUUGAACAAGCCCUCAGACUCGACUCGCUCAAAACAGCCGUUGGCUAUCUGCUCGUGCUGCAAGCAUUCGAGGAUGAAGAGGAACAUGGCCAUGACGGGCACAUUGAAGAAUACGUCGUCCGCCUCAUCGGCCUGGCUUCUCAAAAGGGCGACUGGGAGCUUUGCGGUGAGCUUGCCCGAUUCUUGAUUGCCCUUGAUUCCUCGGGCGAAAUGCUGCGGCGUGCAAUUGGUCGCGUCGGUUUGCGUUCCAGCCCGAGGCCGUCGCCGAAUGGUAGCCAUUCGGGCUUGGGGUCGAGAACCGCGUCAGCGGCCAGUGUGAGGGGUCUUGGGUUAAGUCUUCCGGCCCGCACGCCGUCUUGGACAUCCCUUUCUCCGACUGCCUCGCCCUCUCUACUAGAAAAUGGGCGUGAUGGAGAGCUGUCUGACGAAUACUCACACUCUGUGGAUAGCCGUGACGGUUCAUGA